ACGGUUCCUCCCAUUUCUAGCAAACAGAAGAAGGGGGACCAAAGCUGGCUGACUCUACACAUAGGGAUACCUCUCUGGCGUAUGCGUUAAUAUUUUCUGACAUCUUUGUUAUAAAGAGAGUUUUUUAUUAAGGGUAAUAUGUCGACAAGACCGGGAUUCUACCGGCAAGAGAUAAACAAGACAGUCUGGGAGGUGCCCGAACGAUACCAGAACCUCACACCGGUUGGAUCGGGUGCAUAUGGCUCAGUAUGCUCAGCAUAUGACAUGCAUCUACGUCAGAAAAUGGCUGUUAAGAAGCUCUCUAGGCCAUUCCAGUCUCUCAUCCACAGCAGAAGAACAUACAGAGAACUGAGACUGCUCAAACACAUGAACCAUGAGAAUGUUAUUGGGCUUCUGGAUGUUUUCACCCCGGCAUCUUCACUAGAAGAAUUCAAUGAGGUCUACCUAGUAACCAACCUGAUGGGAGCGGACCUCAACAACAUUGUCAAGUUUCAAAGACUCUCAGAUGAACAUAUACAAUUCCUCAUCUAUCAGCUUCUCCGAGGCCUUAAGUACAUCCAUUCAGCUGGAUUGAUUCACAGAGACUUAAAGCCAAGCAAUGUAGCAGUGAAUGAAGAUUGUGAACUAAGGAUCCUGGACUUUGGAUUAGCCAGGCAAACAGACGAUGAGAUGACCGGGUAUGUGGCGACUCGCUGGUACAGAGCACCAGAGAUCAUGCUCAACUGGAUGCAUUACAACCAGACAGUGGAUAUCUGGUCUGUUGGAUGCAUCAUGGGUGAACUUCUGAAGGGGAAGGUUUUGUUUCCGGGCAACGAUUAUAUAGAUCAGCUGAAGAGAAUAAUGGAAGUCGUAGGAACUCCCAAUGCUGACGUUCUGAAGAAGAUAUCUUCUGAACAUGCACAGAAAUACAUUCAGUCCCUACCAUAUAUGCCCCAGCAGGACCUGGAGAAGAUAUUCAGGGGGGCAAAUCCAUUAGCGGUUGAUCUGUUGAAGAAAAUGCUAGUGUUAGAUUGUGACGGAAGAAUCUCAGCCAGUGAAGCUUUGUGUCAUCAAUACUUUUCCCAAUACCACGAUCCUGAUGAUGAACCAGAGGCAACUCCGUAUGACCAGACACCUGAGAGCAAAGAUCGCACAUUAGAGGAGUGGAAGGAACUGGUGUAUGAGGAAGUUAACAACUUCAAAGGUCCUGCCAAUAAAAGUGAAAGUCUACAAGUUGAACAAUAAAACAGAGCAUAACUACAACCCGGAAUUUACCACUCUCUUGCCACUGUCUGUCUUUCAAACUUUUACAUACAAAGAACAGGAUUGGUGGACUUCUGAACUGACUGUAACCAACCAGAGAUGAUGAUAAAGUAUUUCCAAGGCAUGAUGCCCUUCCUGUAUAUGUGUGUUUUCUUACACACCUUUAACUGAGAGCAAACUCAUAUUGAUUGUUGAAAUAUAGACACAAUAUACAAAUAAUACAAGGUGCAUGGUGUGUGUGUGUGUGUGUGUGUGUGUGUUUGGAAUUGUGUUUUCUGAGUCUUUUUUAUAUUUGGUGUUAGGCAGGUGUAUAGGUGAAGCAGGGUAUGGUGUCUUUCAUGUAAGACCCCAAAAAAAAUAAAAAAAUAAAUAAAAAUAGAUAGGAGGUGGAAAAGGCCACACUGGAGAAAAAUAUGUUUACAAUGUUGGAAAGAGUGGAAUGUAGGUGUGGCUUGCAUAUAUGCAUCAGUGUACUGCAUACAAUUUAAACGGUUCUAUCUAUCUUUACUCAUUUUACAGUCAUCUUCAAGGCUAUUAUCUGAAUUUUACAUACUUCAAAUAUAACAAUAUAAUGUGUUUGAAUUGCACUGAGUCACACGUCAGGUGAAUAUGAUGUGUUUGGCAGUUGUUCACUCAAAAAGAUGCUCUUCCACUGAUGGUGGGAUGAGCUCAAAAAAUUGUCCCCGAGCACACAACACCAAACGCUUCACUCCCUCUCCAGGUAACGCAAGUAUUUUCAUAAAGGAAGUUGACUGCUUGUAUACAGGGGGUUUACUGUGAACUAAGGUAGAUUAGUUCAACACACUGUGUGCCGGAUCCUUCAAAGCUAAACCAUGUUAACAACAUGGACAAAUUGUUUUUCUGUUCUCAGGUUAUUUGAAGGACCAGUAUGCAGUUUUAGAUUAUUUAUUCUAAGACACAAGUUUCCACAUCAAUUUAUCAGUCAUUUAAAAAAUAGAACGUGUUUGAGUGAAUCUCACAAAACUUGUCAAGAAUACAAGUAUGUUCACAUUAUAUUUCACCCAAAAAACUAAAAUAAAUAAAUAAGACAAUCUAUUGAAAAAUCAAAAUGAAGUUUAUGACCAUUAGAAUUUUUGGCAUUGUGGUAUUAUUUACAUGACAAUUAAGCACAUGUUCUGAAUGUUUCUUUUGUCUGUACUGUGUUAUACACAAUACUUGAAAAGGAUAUGAGAAAUAGCAGAUGUUCAGCAAAUGAAUGUCUUCAUAUAGGAAACUACAAUUCAGGAAGUGGUAAGCUAAAUUUACAUCACAUUCAUUUCUCAUUUUCUAAGACAUUUUGGAGCAUUCUAAAUGACUUCAGUGCAACUUUGAUGUCAUGAAAUACUAUACUUGAUAUCAAUGAGGGAAAAAAAUAUGGGUGGUUUCUGACGUUUACACAUGUAAAUUACAGAAGCCAUUAUCGACUAAUCUAACUUUACAGAUGUUACUAUCAUGGUAAAUACAAAACAAGUGUUACUUCUCUGAUGUUGUUCAAAUGUCAAACACUAAUGUGGUGUAAUUUCUGGAAAUGUGGCCUUAGCCCUUUGCCCCCAGUAUUAAACUCUGUAUGCCCUC